GUGCAACCAUCCUCAAGGGUGAGUAAUUUCAUAUCAUUCAGAGCUGGUAGAAUGAAAGUGGAAGGAAAACUAGUCUCUCCUAUUGAAGAAAGGGGACUAAUUAUUUUGUUUUUGAAAGAUUCCUUAUUGCAUUUUUGCUGGAAAAACCGUAAAACUUCUAAAGUUGAAGAAGAACUGGUUAUUGUGGAAGGGGAAAAUGUAGAGUUCCGAAAAGUUAAACAAACCGAAGAACGAGUGUACGUUUUAGAGUUUAAAGAAUCCAAAAAGAAAUUGUUUUUUUGGAUGCAGGAGCCAAACACUCAAACCGACGCGGUUAUACAGAACCAAGUUAAUUAUUUAUUGAAACAUCCACCAGUCCCCGGUCAAGACCCUUUUCAGGGCUUUGGGGAUAAUGACGAUAAGGAUGAUGUGGAAAAAAUGGACGUGGAUACUAACUUAAAUUCUUCUGACGAAUGCUCUACGUCUGAGAAGCCUCCGUCUAUGGAAACCUCUAAUGAGGACAAAGAAGAACCUAGUACUUCUAACAAGGAAGCUCCGAAGUGGACUCAACAAGAGCAGCGCCUGUUUCACAAGUUUUUAAUUUCUAUUGCAGAAACUAAAGAUCGCGGAGCUUUUGGCCAGCAAGCUACUAUACAUCAACUUAUUACUUCUGAGACUGCCCGGAAGUUACUAGACUCGCCAGAGGUGGUGGAGAGUUUCGCUGAGACACUUCCAAACUCUGUUUCUAUAACGAAAGAAGGAAUUCUCGAAAUGAUGAUGAGCCCCCAAUUCUUACAGUCCGUGCAACUACUAGACCAGGCACUAGUUAGCGGUGCUCUUUCCCCAACAGUUUUGGGUAUUCGAGGGUCUUCAGAAGGGCACACUGGCAUUGAGGCCCUCCUUAUAGCUCUUAAGAAUGAAGCUUGCAGUUCAGACGAAAAAGAGGUCUUAUAAUUGACCCAUUCUUUUGCUGUAUAGUCUCUUUCAAAUUUUUUAUUA